GAAGAGGAUACUCAUUUGAGCAGCUUUCUCGUUAACAUCAUCACUGUAAAGAACUACAGUAGGAUACAUUUCAUUAAUAUAACACGUGGAGCCGUGCAGUUUUUCGUUAUAUAAACGUAAUAGCGCCGUAAUAGAGACGAUAAGCUAUAGCUUUAGGGAAAAUGCUCCAGUCACUAGCGAGUAAUUCUUGUGUACGAUUGAUACAGAGUCACAAAUCGACGUGGUAUUUCGUGUCUCUCCUCUUGGGCUAUCUGCUGUAUCUCAUAUUCGGCGCUGUCGUCUUCUCGUCGGUGGAGCUUCCGUAUGAAGACCUCCUACGCCAGGAUCUCAGGGCCGUGAAGAAGCAUUUCCUGCAGGAGAACGAGUGUAUCUCUGAGGAGCGCCUGGAGCGGUUCCUGCAGAGAGCCCUGGAGGCCAGUAAUUAUGGGGUCUCCAUUCUCAACAACGCCUCUGCCAACUGGAACUGGGACUUCACCUCUGCCCUGUUCUUCGCCAGCACGGUGCUGUCCACCACAGGAUAUGGUCACACGGCACCACUGUCAGAUGGCGGGAAGGCCUUCUGUAUUAUUUACUCAAUGAUUGGCAUCCCCUUCACCCUCCUUUUCCUCACGGCUGUAGUGCAAAGGAUCAUGGUGUUCACUCGGAGGCCAAUUGUGUACAUUCACACACGCUGGGGCCUGUCCAAGCCGUUGGUGGCCAUUGUUCACGCCACGCUGCUGGCCCUGUUGGCCGUCUCGUGCUUCUUCCUGAUCCCUGCCGCCAUCUUCUCAUCGCUGGAGGAGAACUGGAACUUCCUGGAGUCCUUCUACUUCUGCUUCAUUUCUCUAAGCACCAUCGGCCUGGGAGACUACGUUCCCGGAGAAGCUGCUAAUCAGAAGUUCAGGGAGCUCUACAAAAUGGGCAUCACUGUCUACCUAAUCCUGGGUCUGAUAGUCAUGCUGGUGGUGCUGGAGACCUUCUGUGAGCUGCAGCAACUGAAGCAGCUCAGGAAGAUGUUCUACCUGAAGAAGGAGAAGCCACAGGACCGCAUGGCCAUCUUGGAGGAGGACCACCUUUCCUUCACCACCGUGUCUGACAGCGGGACGCUCAGUGAGGAGAAAACCCUAGGGUUUGUUGGCGUCCCAACUCUGGCCUCUCCAAAUGAUGAUCCUAUGAUCCAGUAAACAACAACAGCACCAAGACCAAUCAAAGGAUAAUUUAAAUGUAGGGGUUAGCGCACACAGACUAGAGGUAUAUAAAAUAAGCAGCUCACAAAUCUCAGCUGUAGGCAUUCUCCAACACUCGGCCCUGCAAAGCUUAAUAGUCAAACUGGUUGUGAUUACUUAGAUCAGACAAACAAAAAAUCUCCUUUACUGAACCACAUUACUGACAGUAGAUUGUGAUGGAGCAGACACAAAUUUAUCUACAUAAAGAAGUUAGUUCUAAAUAUUUUAACUGCAGCUAUAAAUAAAAGUCAGCCAUAAAAGUAAAGUCCUCACAGAAGGAAGAGCCUUUAAGCAGUGCAUUAUUUAUUGCACAUUUAGGAAUAUUUUAUGAAUUAGUUCACCUCUUAAAUCUAGCUGAAGUACAGGGCAAUUUUCUGUCACAAAGCAGUACAAAAAAUCUGUAUGUAUCUUAUAAAUGUAGAUGCUUUACAGAUAUUUGGAAUGUAUAUAAUAAGGUAAAUGUUUUAAAUGUAGAUUAAAGUGACGCUUCAAAAAAACAUUCCUGUUAAAGAUUACUCAAACCAAAACAGAAACAUAUCCAUUAGUAAUGAUGGUGUGUGUGAUGUGUCAUGACAUCCUUUCUUUAGUGCAUUUUUGUGCAUCUGGAUAUUGUUCGUUAUCGAAUCGUGACAGAGGAGAGAACGUAAGAAUGACUUGAAGCAAAGUGUCCUGAAUGCACUACAACCCGGGCUGCUACAGUCAGUGUUCAACUUAUGUACAAGUACAUAGAGAGAGGGUUCUUUUAUUACUGCUUCUGUUGUGCUUGGUAAUCAGUUUGCUGCUGCAAGCUCAACAGAGUUUUAUUGUGUUCAGUAUUGAAUUGGCGCCUAUUGAUUUUUUUUUCUUUUAAAAAGGUUCAAGGCCUCUGAUUUUUUGCACAAUGUGGGUCACUCAAUGAACUGAAAGAGAGGAUACAUUUUAUAUAGGAGACCAGCUGGGAUCAAAGGAUGUCUCGACAUCUUCAGCUUGCAAACCACCAAGGUUGUUCAAGGAGCUGCUGCAUCGUAGAAUUCAGUUUGUACUGUCAGCAUUUUAUAGCAUUUUUGGGUCAUCUUUACAGAGGUGUUAACAGUUACAGUUGCACCACUGUCGUCACAUUUCAUUGUGAGGGGGAAAAAUAGUAACAUUUUUGUAGCUUUUACAUGUUUCCCUGUUUCAGAGUUGUCCUUGUGUACCACUUUGAUGUAUUGAUCUGUCGGCUAAAUGUGUGAUGGACCGUUGAAAUGGGACGGAGGGCUAGUACAACUUACAAAGGGAACUUCGAAAGACUGACUUGCUGAAAUUGAAAUGUCCUAGAAUGAUCUUGUACUGCAGGCAGGAAUUACACAGACAUUUAACGGAUAAAAUGUUUUUAAAGGGAACAUAUUGUGGAAAAAUGUGCUUUUUUGUGGGAGUUUGAGGGAAUACAGUAUAUUUGAUUGUCGGAAAUUAUUAUCAAAUCAAAACCUCUAAUACAACCCUGUCAUUCUUUUUUUUUGACCCAGCAUUCAAAUUAGCAGGGUUUUUUAACAUCACAGAUUCAGAUCGGAAGAGAAUUAUCCAGUUUAUCCAUAUUUAUUUCUACCAAACUUCACAUCGUGCCGCAUAUGUCCCAUCUCUGAAGUGGGUAGCACAAAUCUGUUGUAUUCAUUUCUGAAGGGGUGCACCUUGCAGAAAAAGGAGGGGUGUGUUUGGGUUUUGUUUUGAUUGUUUAGGGGAGGUCAUCAACACCUCUACCUAAAACAAGCAGUUUAAAAGAAAAGAAAUGGUUUAAAAAGGAACUGUUGUACUGUGUCUCUGUGAUAUUUUGACUAGAACAUGUCACACAUAUUUUAAUAAGGAUCUCAGGAAAUUCUGUCAACUUUUGAAAAGAGGGCAUAGUAUGUCUCCUUUAAAAGCAAAGCGUAGAAAUUGAAUCUGAGAAAGCAUUCAUUGAUUUUAUUGCAAAGACUUUUGUUAAAGGUGAUCUAUCUGCAAAGCUUGAUAAUUUUUCUGGAAGCUUAAGAAAGGUUGAAACUAUUUUAAUGUAUUUACAGAAUUUGAAUGUAGAAUUGUGUGUUUUUGAAUAUGACAUGAGGAAAGUUUACACAAUUUUUGAAUGAAAAGAAUGUUACCUUAAGAAAUGGUACCUUAAAAAAAAAACAAAAAAAAACUUGAAAUUACAAAUUCAAGCAGUAGUGCAGCUCAAACAUCCUUCAUUUCCACCCAUAACAGUUUGUAUUGUGUUGAUCUAAUGAAAGUAACUUUGAGAAACUGAAACCAGUGGCUGUGCACACUCAUGACACAAGCGUGGCUUCUCUUAAAUGCAUAAUUACAGUGCUAUAUGUCAUGUAUUGUCAUGUAAUGUUUCGUGUGUCGAAUUCUGACUGAUCUUUUUAGAGUUUUGAUCUUUUGUUGGUACAUCACACCUUUAGGUAAUGUAACAGCCUUAAAUUAAUCUUAAAUGUGAAGUAUUUUAUGUCUUUGCCACAGUGAUAUUUGAGCUGGCUCCAGUUUAGUUCACUCGAAGAAGCAUGUACUAGUGAGCUGUGGCAAAGUGUCAUGACCACAUGUAAACAUGUGAGUUUUAUGUCAUCACCUGAAUUGGUUGAUUAUUCCUUUACAGUCCAGUAUUUGAAAAGUGCAUCACUGUCUAAGAUUUUAUGUUAGGCAGAUAAUCUAAUAUGUUUUGAAAAUUGCAUCAGAUAGGAGUGACACACAAAUUAAUGAUGUAAUAUUGUAUCAUUGCUUGCUUUCAGGUUCAUAAGUGUGUUGCAACAUUCGCAGUAUUACCUGAAACGAUCAACUGACGCAACUUGCAAAUUAUCCUGUCAAGUUUUAGUUGGCUUUGCCUUAAUUCAUAUCUUUGCAUUUCUGUUAUUGUAAUAUAGUCUUUAAAAGGAUUAGAAACGUGAAUUUCUUUGAUCUGUGUUGUAUUAUACGGAGCAGUGGUUCAUUCUUACUGUUAUUGUUUUUCUCGUACCAUUGUGGGCCUUCAUGUACAACUGAAACAUGAACUUUGUUCAUAUUUUCUGUUUAAGGGAAAUCUUU